AUGGCACAGCGUUGCAUCCAGACAUCAAAGUCAAUGCGAAAGGCCGAACAAUUAGCACCGCUUCGUAACACAGCAUGCCCGAUCGGACUAGGCAAACAACGACUCAUGCUCGGACAUAGAAACCCUAAGAUCGUAGGGAUAAUCCACAAUCACGACAAACAUCUUAAUCACCUCUUCAGCAGGAUGCUGUCUCCAGCAGUCAUUUUCCGGGCGGGGCUUUUGGACAUCGCUCCCUCCACCAGGCCUCGAUAA